CUUCCGUCAACGUAUUACGUUAGGACGUUCGUCAGAAGGCAGAUUUCGACAUGGAGGAUCUUGUAGCUGUUGAAAAGAGCCCGGUAGGCAUUAUUGAGGUUAUUUCCUGCUGUGAGCUUAAAAUGGUCAGAGUUUCUGUGGACGACAUGCCGGCGAUUUUGAGUUCCAGACCUCAGACAGGUCUGUCCUUCCUAGCACCAGAACCAGAGGAUCUUGAGGAUCUUUAUAGCAGAUACAAGAAGCUGCAGCAGGAGCUGGAAUUCCUGGAGGUGCAGGAGGAAUACAUCAAAGAUGAACAGAAGAACCUGAAGAAAGAGUUCCUUCAUGCCCAGGAGGAGGUGAAGAGGAUACAGAGCAUCCCACUUGUCAUUGGCCAGUUCCUGGAAGCUGUUGACCAGAACACAGCCAUCGUUGGCUCUACUACAGGAUCCAACUACUACGUGCGCAUCCUGAGCACCAUCGACAGAGAGCUGCUGAAGCCCAAUGCCUCAGUGGCCUUGCACAAGCACAGCAAUGCCCUGGUAGAUGUGCUCCCUCCUGAAGCUGACAGCAGCAUCAUGAUGCUGACCUCGGACCAAAAGCCAGAUGUGAUGUAUGCUGACAUUGGUGGCAUGGACAUCCAGAAGCAAGAAGUCAGAGAAGCAGUGGAGCUGCCACUCACACACUUUGAGCUCUACAAACAGAUUGGCAUCGACCCGCCCAGGGGUGUCCUUAUGUAUGGACCACCAGGUUGUGGUAAGACCAUGUUGGCCAAGGCUGUGGCACACCACACUACAGCGGCGUUCAUCCGUGUGGUGGGAUCUGAGUUUGUUCAGAAGUAUUUGGGUGAAGGCCCUCGUAUGGUGCGUGAUGUUUUCCGGCUGGCAAAAGAGAAUGCACCAGCCAUCAUUUUCAUUGAUGAGAUUGAUGCUAUUGCCACUAAGCGUUUUGAUGCACAGACUGGAGCUGAUAGGGAGGUGCAGAGAAUCUUACUUGAGCUGCUUAAUCAAAUGGAUGGCUUUGACCAAAACGUCAAUGUCAAGGUGAUCAUGGCCACCAACAGAGCAGACACACUGGACCCAGCCCUGCUACGUCCUGGUCGUCUGGACAGAAAGAUAGAGUUCCCCCUGCCUGACCGCAGGCAGAAACGUCUCAUUUUCUCCACCAUUACCAGUAAAAUGAAUCUUUCUGAAGAGGUGGACCUGGAGGACUAUGUGGCCAGACCAGAUAAGGUCUCUGGGGCUGAUAUAAACUCUAUCUGCCAGGAGGCUGGCAUGUUAGCUGUGCGUGAGAACAGGUACAUCGUCCUGGCCAAAGACUUUGAAAAAGCUUACAAGACCGUCAUCAAAAAGGACGAGCAGGAGCACGAGUUCUACAAGUAGAGAACAUAUACUGUACAUCCAGGAAAAACCAGGUGUCCAGACACAUGCAUUUGUUAUUGAUUUACGUCUGUGUCUGUAUUUACAGUGUGUCUUUUGUGGACUUGCAGUCACUGACUUGCAUUGAUUUUGUUGGACUGAAUUUAAUCACUGCAACAUAAGAUCUAAUGUCAGAUUAGUCCUGUGCCUCCAAUCUUGAGAAGACGCGCUACCAUGUGAUGGAGUGGUUUUUGUAUAGGCACUCUUCUGGAUCCUGGAGCUAGCUAGGAUAGAACAUUUGUAUCUCUAUGUACUCUCUCAAUAAGACAUUACUUUAAAAAAACCCAUUAAAGAUGUUUUUCAUAAAAAAAAA